ACCUAACAGGCCAAAACCAAACACUCCCUAUCUCCAAUGAAACCGACAGAUGAAGCUUCCAAGCAGGCUACUCUCCACGAGACCCCUGCCAUGUUCCGACCCCCUGUGAACCGUGCCAUGCGCACCCUCGACCGGUCAUUUUUCCGAAGAAACGUGCCCCUCUCCGUCGCCCGGGUUUUUAAAACAAGCGAUAUUUCGAACGUGCGGAAGGAUUUGGUCAAGAGCCGCGACAUCCUGCUCUUGCCACGCAUUAGCCCUAUCCGUGAGGUGAAGGAUCAAGAUGGCAAGAUGUGGAAGGCCAUGUUGUUGCGCGAAGACCUGAAGCUUGAUGAUAAGGCAACAUGGUCGCCUACUAUCAACGAGCUCAUAAAUAAGGGAACGGUCACCUUGGGGCCUUACGAAUUGGUAUUGGAAUACGACCAUUGGUCAUACGCUGAGAUCAUCUCGUCAAUCCUACCCGAGGAAUUGAUGGAAGAGAUCCCUCAGGGCUUCACUCAGGUGGGGCAUGUCUUGCAUUUAAAUCUCCGCGCCCAAUACUUGCCAUAUAAGCACAUACUUGCCGAGGUUCUUAUGGACAAGAACCCGACCGUCCGCACCGUCAUCAAUAAAACCGAAGAUGUCGGCUCACACAGCCAGUUCCGCACCUUCCCAUUCGAACUGCUGACCGGCGAGAAUGACCUUAAUGUCAUCCAGCACGAGCAGGACUGUGAAUUCCGGUUCGACUAUGCCCGUGUAUACUGGAACAGCCGCCUGGAGACCGAGCAUCGCCGCCUGGUCGAGAAGUUCGAGCCCAGCGAAAUGGUCUGCGACGUGAUGGCCGGCGUCGGUCCCUUCGCCGUGCCAGCAGGCCGGAAGAAGAUUUUCGUCUGGGCCAACGAUCUCAACCCGCACGGAUUUGAGGUUAUGCAAGAUGCUAUCUCCCGUAAUAAGGUGCAAGAUUUCGUUACUCCUUUCAACCAGGAUGGUCGCGAGUUUAUCCGUUCCUCGGGUCGGUUGUUGUUGAACGCAAAGCCUCUUACCGUUACCAUCCACCCCAAGGUGGGCAGAGAGAAGCAGCGUAAGGUUGCGCAAGGCAACGGGGCCCCGCUACCCGCGCCGAAGAAAUACACCCGUCCUACCAUUGUUAAUCACUAUGUUAUGAACCUGCCUGCUACGGCCAUUGAAUUCCUCGAUGCCUUCCCCGGGCUCUAUGCUGGCGAGGAACAAAUAUUCGCGCCCAACACGGAACAAAAACUGCCCAUGGUCCACGUUUACUGUUUCUCGGGACACUCAGAUAACGAGGUGGAUGAUCACAUCGAUAUCUGCGAGAGAAUCUCUGAGCGUAUCGGGCACAAGAUCACUGUCGAUGACUGUGUGGGAGGCAAGGGUAACCAGGAAGUGGAACUCGCUAUUCACAAUGUGAGGCUGGUUAGUCCUAAGAAGCAGAUGUUCUGUGCUAGCUUCCGUCUGCCGCGGGAGGUCGCUUUUCGGAAGGUAUAGAGUUGUUGCAUAGCUAUAUAUGAAGCGUUUAGGACUUGCUCAAUGAACAAAAACGAGACACUGG